AUGGCGGCCAUGGACGUCCACUUGCUCGUGUACGAUCUCUCGCGUGGCAUCGCUCGCCAGAUGUCCAUGGGCCUUCUAGGAUUCCAACUGGAUGCCAUCUAUCACACCUCGAUCGAACUAGACAAUCGCGAAUAUGUGUACGACGGGGGGAUCAUUGUCAUCAGGCCCGGUUCCUCGCACCUCGGUCAGCCGAUGCAACGCCUGCACCUCGGCAUGACGAGUCUGCCGAUGGACAUUAUCGAGGAGUACCUCGAUUCGAUACGGCCCAUCUUCACGCUCGAGGCCUAUGAUCUCUUUCAUCACAACUGCAACAACUUUUCCGGCUCCUUCUCCAACUUUCUCGUCGGAAAGGGAAUCCCCAGCCACAUCAGCAGCAUGCCGCAAGCCGUCUUGGACUCGCCCCUCGGCCGCACGUUGCUUCCGCAGCUGGCACAGGGCGUCAACGUCGGCAGAGCAAACGGUUCCAUCCUAGGACUUGAAAAUGGUGCCACGGCACCCACGCGGCCGGCCGGCCCAAAGGGGUCGGUGAAGUCGGUCACGGCUCGGGAUGAACUGCGUCGCUUGCUCGACGGCGCAAAACACUCGUGCGCCGUCGUCUUCUUCACCUCGGCCACGUGCCCGCCCUGCAAGCUUCUGUACCCCGUCUUCGACGAACUGGCGGGCGAGUUUGGCGACAAGGCGACGCUGAUCAAGAUCGACAUAUCCAACCCCCAGGGCUCCGCCGUGGCGCAACAGUUUUCCAUCCGAGCGACGCCAACGUUCAUCACCUUUCUCAAGGGAGAGGAGGAAAAUCGGUGGACGGGCACGGACAACCUCCGGGCCAACGUCCAGCUGCUGGUGCAGAUGGCGAAUCCCCCGCAUCCGCAUGAGCGGCUGCGUCUGCCUCACUUCUCGAACCCAGACGCGAAGCCUGUGCUGUUCUCGAAGCUGCCGCCGAUGAGCAAGCUCGCCAUCAAGAUGGGGGACGAGCUGGCCAACAAGGCCGAGGUUCAAAGCUUGAUGCGCUACCUCGAGGCAAGAAGCAGGGAUGGCCCGCAAGAGGCCGUCAUUCCGGGCAUGGACCAACUGUCGCGUCUCCUGCAGGACUCGAUGGCCCGCCUGGCGCCGGAGACUCUCUUUGCCGUCGUUGAUCUCUUGCGCUGUGCCCUCGUCGAUCCUCGCGUGAGCGGGUGCUUUGCGGAAGAGGCGGAGCAUAAAACAAUCGGCAGUCUGUUGGACUUUGUCAUCGGACAGGACGACUGCCCGUACGCGCUGCGAUUGGUGACUCUGCAGCUAGGCUGUAACCUGUUCUCGACGCCGCUCUUUCCGGAGGAGAUACUGCGAAGGGCUCGACUCAGGACGCCCAUGAUCCAGCUCAUCUCGUCGAGCUUCCUCGACGACAGCCACAGCAACGUCCGAGUGGCUGCCUCCUCUCUCCUCUUCAACCUUGCCUUGGCAAGUCGUCGACAGAGUGCCGUCAGCUCCAAGGCAAGCCUGCCGGUGGAUGAUCAGGUCGAGCUGGCGGCAUCGGUCGUCGAGGCCAUCGGACAGGAGGAAAAGUCGACGGAGGCGCUGCAGGGCAUGCUGUCGGCGCUGGGACAUCUCGUGUACGGCACGGAACUUGAUGGGGAGCUGGCCGACCUUUUGCGAGCGUUGGAUGCGCAGGGGACCGUGCUGGCGAAGCAGAAGAUAUUUCCGGACGAGAAACUCGUGGAUGAGGUGGCCAAGGAGCUGCUCGGAAAGGGUCUUGCGCGACCAUGA